AAUAAUAACAGCCGAAAUGCCUCAAAAUAACAGUCCAUCAUUGAUCGGCUGUUAUUUCGAGGCAUGAUAUUGGUAAUGCUGCUUUAUCAGUUUUAAAUGACAUUGGAGCAGAUUCCACUCUAUUAUUGUUUAAGAGUAAGUUUGAAAGUAGUGUUAUACAUUGCAAUGAGCCACUCAAGUUUCUUGACACGUUAUAUAAACAAGAUAAACACUUAGAAAAAAAUUAUCUUUUUGUAACUCCUGAAACAUGCAACAUGAGCCCUCCUAGAUAUGAAACUAAUGAGGGAAUUUCAAAGAUAGUUUCAUUUCAUUGAAGAUGUAUCAAGUUAUAUUACAUUGCAUGAUGGCUUUAACACUUGCAAACAAAACAUUUUGUUACUCAAUGUUCAAAAAUACUUUGUCAGAAGACGAAUAUAAUGGAGAAGAUACAACUUUGCUUGCAUUUAAGGCGCUCCCUUUUCUUCUGAUAGCACCUCCACAGAAGGGCAAGAAGAGUCCAAGAAUGGAUCUUGAUGCAAUUUUGGCUUUAUUUUAUAGAGAAAUGGAUGUACACCUCAGUCUUGAAAGCUCCCAUGAAUUAUUGAAGAAGGAGAAAGUUUUUCAACUGAUUUUAUUCAAAUGUUGCGGCACUCUAUUUAUAAUUCUAAUUAUAACUCUAAUUAUAAGUCGAUAAUACAGCUAUACGGUUGGAAGUCAUACCGAGUAUUAGAUUUGCUUUUGAGUUGCUGCUAGUCUCUUAUUAUGUAUUUAAUGUCAAAAUCCCUCAUGAACUUAUUUGUGUAUAUGGAUUUAUGGGAAAUUUGCUUGGAAUAAACAGCAAAAGAAUUAUCGUCAAUUCCUUUUAAAGAAAGUAUUGCCAAAAGUUUAAGAUUAAAUAAAGCAAUAUGUUUGUGAAACGAAAAAGUAUUUUUAUCACUUUCUCGUUUAUUUUUGUUAUAUCGUCAGCCGAGAACCAAGAGGCCGUAUGUCCAUUUUUUGUUUUUCCAAGAAAAUCAAGUUUUAAAUUUUAAUUCGCGAAGACUUUCUGCCAGAAAGUUCGACUGAUUAUUUAAAUAUUUCCUAAAAUUUUAUUGGUGUGGUAUAUUUAUGGAACACACACUCCUGAAUAUUUAUUGAUAAUCGACAAAAAAAAAAAAAAAACACAAAAUGUUGACAUACAGUUCUUCUCUGACGGCGAUAUCUCUUUUUCAAAGUUUUAAAUUCGCUUUAGCAUAUAAAUGUUUUAAGAUUUAUUUUUACUUUAAUAUUCACUGAAUUGAGUUUAAGUUUUAACUGAGUUUAUAUACUUAAAAGAAAUACUAUAACAAUGCAUUGACUCGGUAUUAAAAUAAAAUUUAUAUUUCAGUUUUUAUUAUUUUAUUGUGAUAUCAUUCCGUUAUUUCUUGUAAGCCAAUAUGAUAUACAUGUGUAGUUUAGUAUAUGACUCUAAAUGACAAUGUGUAAUUUAGUAUAUGAUAUAAAUAACAUGCUUUA